AUGCGCGAACAGCACGCGCACCGGACGCCUCGAGUCGCGAUAUCUGCCGGCGACUUCGUACGGGAGGAGAGGAUUCGUGGGCCAGUGAAGAGCGCCGAGAGAGAAGAGCCUUUUCCACUUAACCUGUCGGGUAAAUUCGUAAAUUUGGAGAAGCCCCCACUGCCCAGACAUUGCCGGAAAGAGGUCGAGGAGCGACCGCCGGGGAAGGCGCGCGGGGGUAAGUUAGCGCGUCGUGCGCGCUCCUUCAAGGAGGACUUCUUGGAGAAGCUCUCGCAGAUGCGGUCACCCGGGGGAGGUGGGGGCGGUAGUGCCGGCGGUACGCGGGCCGUCUCGCCCUCGUCGCCGAGGACACCUCGGGAGCCACUAGGAGCCGGCGCUGCGACUACCACCACCGCCGCCGUCUCCGCUGCUGGCGAGCAGCUCGACAAGAACCCGCUGCGCGACCUCCAUGUCCAUGUGCGCCAGGUGCAGCUGGCUCUCCUGCACUUUCGCGACGUCGUCUCCAAGAACAAGCUAGAGAUGCUUCCGGGCAACGGGACCGUCGUACUUGACACAGUCACCACCAUACACACCCUCCUCAAGUCGUAUCUGCUUUAUGAGAACAGCUCGACGCUCGGCUCGGCGACGAAUCAGGUUUAUCAGGCGCUGGCGCAGCUACUAAAGCUCUGCGACGAUGUGCUCCUGCACGGCGAUCAGUCCUCGGCACUCGACACGGCCAACGUCACCCACGUCAUUGGACUCGUCGAGGACGCCGUGAAGAAUCUCGUGGAGCUCGCGCAGGAAAAGAUCUCCAACAAGCAAAAGCCAGCAUUGCAGACCGCCAGCAAUAGGACAUCGGGCUACAGCUCCGAGUUGACGCCCCAACGCAGUUCCCUGCCGGACAUCCCGCUGACGCCGAGGGAGCGCCAGAUCCUCGAGCAGACCGCGGCCUCGAGCGCCCUCGUCAGGAGCUCCCACAGCUCCGAGUCCAUCCUCAGGGAUUCGAGUCCGCCGCCCCAGCCUCCGCUGCCCGAUAGGACACUCUGUCUUUCGGAGGACAAUAGCUCGUCGGGGACGACGCCCCCGCCACUGCCCCCGAAGAGGCGCACGCGCCACCAGCAGCAGCUCCACCAGGAGGAUCGGGAGUCGGAGACCGGCGCCUUGGCUACGUGCCUAGACCGGGUAUCCUUACGCAGUCGCUCGCCCGAGGACUCGUCCUCGCUGCUCAGCGCCUCUGCCGGGAGUCUCGACUCCGCGCUCAACCAUUCGCGCGACGAGGACGAGAUACGCGCCAUUAUGGGGCCAAACGACGAGUCCUUCGGCGACAGCAUGGACCUCAGCCUCAUGGCUACCAUUCAGGGAAUGCAAGUUAACGGGAGCUCGCACUGCGGCUGCUGGGACGGAUCGGAAACGAGUCUGCCGAGCACGAUGCUGUUGGGUCAGCAGACCUCCCAGGAAAUGCUCGGCCAGUUUACCGGCAUAGAGGCUAAAAUGGAACGCCUCUCGACGCAGACCCAGGAGUCCGGCUUCCUCUCCAUGCACUCGCAGCGCUCCUCCUCGCAGAGCUACACCGCGACGACGGCUAACCUCGUGUCGAAGCGCCUCUCCCAGCAGAGUAGCGUCAGCUACAACUCCCAGAACGUGCAAUCGUACUCCCAGCAGAGGCUUUCAUCCGCCAGCGAGGCCAACAGCAACGGCUCGACCACCGUAAGCCACAAGUCGACCACCACCACCAUGACCAGCUCCAGGAGCGUCCACAGUACCACCAACCUCGGCGCCGAGCCCUCCUUCAUGGAAACAUUGGUAAACGAGAUGGAGGCGCUGGCGAAUUCGGACGCCAACGGCGGAAUGCCACCGGCGUUGCCGGAAAAACGCUCGAAGCGCCGAAAAGAGCGGCUCCACUCGCAGUACGAUAAUGUGCCGGAGAACGAGCAUUUAUCGACGUGCAGUUUGCACGCGAGCAACGGCAACAGUCCCAUCGACAAUAAUAGGCCGCCCCCACUGCCGAUGAAGAAGAGACAUAUAAUGGCAUACAUGGAGAUGUUCGGCAAUUGCUCGCACAGUAAUAGCGACUUCAUCCCGGGCCUCGGUGCCAGGCACUCCGUAGCCGCUUACAAUUCCAUGCAAUCCGAAUGGCAACAGCACGAAAUGGCACUGACGACUACGCAGUCCUGCUCCUUCAUGACGCACACACUCACGAGCUUGCACGACGGUACCAGCCACGCGUUCACGAUGGUACCGACGAUAAGAGAAAUCGUAAACGAUUCCAGUGUACCCCCGGCAUUACCACCAAAGAGGUCGCGCUCCGUUAAGGCGAGCGCGACGCCGCCCCCAGUGUCCCCGAAGCCGGCGGCUCCCGGGAUGCAGAGUCCCCACGUCGGCAGCCUCGACCCCAUCAUCACGUCGACACCAGUCAAAGCCGAGGAACCCAUCUCCUACUCGCCACUUUCAUUCGACAAGAAGGAGAUCCUCAACGCUAACAACGUAUCACUGAAUAAUAAUCUCAAUUUGGACUCGUCGCCAAGAUCAUCGAGCAAAGCACCUUCCUGCAUAUCGAUCGACGAAAACUCCAUGGAAUUACGAGACGUCGAUCAAGAUGACAACAUGUUAGAUGAAUUAGAGAUAAAUAAGUAUUUGGUUUUUAAGAAGCCGGAGGAGGAUGGUCCAGACAUACGUGGCGGUCAUCCGGAUGCGUUAUUAAUUCACGCGACAAAAGCAAACAAACAUGAUUUCCUGUAUCAGGAAGCCUUCUUAACGACAUAUAGAACAUUCAUGUCACCGUUGGAGUUGAUAAAAAAAUUACACAGGCGGCAUCAGCGAUUCUCAUGUUCGUCAGAUGUAGUGAAGCAGCGAGCAGCUAGAGAAGCGUUUUCUCUGCUAGUUCGAGUUGUUAGCGAUUUGACGAUAUCCGAUCUCGACGACACCCUACUCCAGACCUUGAUGGAGUUCGUCCAGCAAUUAGUCUGCAGCGGCGACCUAACGAUGGCCAAGGCCCUGCGCGUCAAGAUCCUGGAAAAGCAUGCGUGCAAGCAGCUCCAGGCGGCGCAGCCGAUCCUCGCGUCCUUGAGCGUCUCGACCAAGCAAGCCUCGCUCUUGGACUUUAAAAGCGAGCAGAUAGCCGAACAGAUGACGCUUCUCGACGCCGAGCUCUUCAUGAAGAUCGAAAUACCGGAGGUGCUAAUCUGGGCCCAGGAACAAAAUGAGGAGCGCAGUCCGAAUCUCACCAGAUUCACCGAACACUUCAACAAGAUGUCGUACUGGGCACGAUCGAGAAUCUUGGAGCACAGGUUGGAGAACGAGGCAAAAGACAGAGAGAAAUACGUUGUGAAGUUCAUUAAAAUUAUGAAGCAUUUGAGGAAGAUCAACAAUUUUAAUAGCUACUUGGCACUAUUAUCGGCUUUGGAUAGUGCGCCCAUUAGAAGGUUGGAGUGGCAGAAACAUAUUACCGAAGGAUUGAAGGAGUAUUGUGCAUUAAUUGAUAGCUCGAGUAGUUUCCGAGCUUACCGACAGGCACUGGCUGAGACGCAGCCGCCGUGUAUUCCGUAUAUUGGUUUGGUUCUACAAGAUUUGACGUUUGUACAUAUCGGAAACAGUGAUCUGUUGCCUGACAAUAGCAUUAAUUUCUCGAAACGAUGGCAACAGUUUAACAUUGUAGAAAAUAUGAAGCGAUUUAAGAAAGGAACAUACAGUUUCAAGAAGAACGAACGCAUCAUUACUUUCUUCAACAACUUUAGCGAUUUUCUUUGCGAAGAAGCAAUGUGGCAGAUCUCGGAGAGCAUAAAGCCCCGUGGUGGCAAGAAACCACAGACUUAGAAUUAAACGACGGCCAACUCAUUAGCCUUUUACUUGACGAAUCCAAGAUUCUUACCCAAAUUGUAAAUUCUUUCCCUCGAUUGUAUCUU